AUGAACGACAAACAGAGCGGAUCACCAAUAACACCGCCAGCAGGUGUCGGUAGAUCUAGACGACGGAAUUAUUCUAAUAACGGAAUUAAUUCACAUGGAGAGUCUAGCCUGGAUGUUCCUUCAAGGCGUGUAGAUGCACCCAGCUCGUCUAGUCAGCAUCAAGGAAGUACAUCGUCCGACACAUUGCCGAACCAGCCUUCUCCAACAUACGCAGCAGGAGAGCCCGUGCACACAUCUAGCACAUAUACCGGAAAUAGUUACUUGGUCAGGUCACCAAUGUAUUCUGCUUCUUCUGCUCAUCACCAACAGGCGCAGAACUUCAGUAAUCAGUCGCCACCAGCAAAUUCGGCGAUCUCUGCGACGCCGUACUCGCCUUUCCCACCACAAUAUUCCUCAUUCUCGACACAUACGAACAAUAUUUCUCCGACAUAUGUUCCGCGAUCACAGAGACAAGGUUACACUUCGCCUUAUAUGCCAUCGUCACCGAAUUAUCCAGUGCCAAUGUCGUCAUUAUAUUCACCAUCGUCACCUACAUAUACUACUUUAAACUAUUUUAACAUUCCUUCUUCAACGGGAUUCCACCCGUCAAACCAUAGUACGUCGUCUUACGUAAACGUGACGUCACCCACGCAUGACAACACACAUACUCCAUCAUCACCGCCGUCUCCGUCAUCAUCGACGUCGUCACCAUCAUUCUACAAUUUCUCUGCUCUCAAUAGUGCGUACGCGAAUGGUGUCUCCGUCAAUCCGAUAAGAGCCGGUCAGAUUGCUAUUCAAGGUCCGCCACCGAAUACGUUAACUACCGCGAGACAGUUGCGUAAUUCACAUCAUCGAAAUACACGAAAUUCUGUUGGUGAUUCCUCAAUGCUUGUGAUGCGAUAUUGUAAACAGUUGACAACCGGCUGCUUAAGAAGGAACUGUGUCAACCCAUAUUGCGCGUCUAAUUCAAAUUUUACGCGUCUUGAUAAUCAUGAAGCUAUGGUUUUGGCUCAUAAGCUAGCGGCACAGGGUGAAUCACAUAUAUGUAAUAAUGCAAUGGAUGACAAUUCAAAUGGAUCGACGAUGUGUAAGCGUCUGAAUGAUGCUGAUAUCUCUUCCCAUGAUACCCUCAAUUAUGCCAUAUUAGAGACACUAUAUAAUGAUUGUAAAGAACGGGGAGAUUACAAUGAUUUGUAUCGUAAUGUAUAUAAUGUAUUCAGCAAUCACUCAAAGCUGGCCAACAGUUUUAAACAGAUGGAUCCUUAUUACAGAGAACAGUGUCCUCUGAACAUUGAAGAAACCCGCAAGAGUUACAAUCUCAUAAUAAAGGAAUGCCCUGAUAACAAAGGAAGCAAAACUCUGGUCACCGCGACAAUAGAAUUACUCGAACGAAUUAAGAGUAGUUAUGAGACAUUACAAAUAGAGACAUUGGCUUGUUUUAUCAUAAUAUUACAAAAUCCACUGCUAAUGGAUCAUGCCGAACAUGCUGAUAUCAUGCCACUAUUGGUAGAGAUUAUUGCCGGACUACCAGAGAGUCGUAAAAAAAUUCUCUGUCAAUACUUUUUAGCAGAAAGACCAAACAAAUCUAAGAGUUAUAAUGAGAAUAAAACCGACUCAAUAAAAGGAAAUGAUGACGAUGCGAAGGCAACUCUCAGGGAGGAUUUUCGGUAUUAUGUCAUUCUAUUCCAACAGUUUAUCACAUUACGUCUAUGGACUCGAGCGACAACUCCGAAUAAAGAUAAAGCUGUAAUGAACGCAACACGGUGUCUGAGCAUGUUUUACAAGUUAAACGAGGAAAGGAGAUUAUUACAUUUCUCGGAAUUUUAUAAUGACGCAGUCAACGAAACCAUCGAUAUCAAGGAUGAUUUCCCGCAUUUUAAGCAAAAAGAUGGUUUUUCGUUUUGUGACCAUCCUUUCAUUUUGACUCCAAUAAUAAAAGCGGACGUUUUAAAGAUAGAGAGCAUGGUACAAAUGCGUCAUGAAUUGCAGGACUCGUUCUUUAGGGCAAUGUUUAUUGGCGUGAAUUCGCCCUACUUGAUUCUGGAGAUCCGAAGAGACCAUAUUAUAAGAGACGCGUUGUAUCAGCUUGAGUCAAAGUCACCGCAAGAUUUAAAAAAGCAGCUCAGAGUCCAGUUUGCAGGUGAAGAUGGCGUAGACGAAGGUGGUGUACAGAAGGAAUUCUUCCAGCUUGUAGUGCGAGAGAUGUUUGAUCAGAAAUAUGGCAUGUUCACGCAGAAUGAAGAGUCAAGACUGUGUUGGUUCAAUCAGAAUCCAUUCGAUGAGUCAGCUCUUGAUGAAUAUAAGCUUAUAGGAAGGUUGCUAGGGUUAGCGAUAUAUAAUUCAGUGAUUUUGGAUGUUCAUUUUCCGGUAGUGUUGUAUCGAAAAUUGAAGGGACAACCUGCUACUUUGACUGAUUUAAAGGAGUUGGACCCGUCAUUAGGUAAAGGAUUGGAGCAGUUAUUGGAAUUGGAAGAUGAUGUUGAGUCGACGUAUAACCGUACUUUCCAGAUUGAAUAUGAGUCGUUUGGACAUCGCAUUACUCACGAAUUGAAGCCUGGUGGAGCUCAUAUCAAAUUAACAAAUGAGAAUCGACAAGAAUUCGUCGACCUAUUCGUUGAUUUCUGGUUAAAUAAAUCCAUCAAGAGACAAUUUAACGCAUUUAAAGAAGGGUUCGAUCUUGUUUGUGGCGGCAGUGCAAUUCAACUCUUCCGUCCAGAAGAGGUGGAACAAUUAAUGUGUGGUAGUCGUGAUCUGGAUUUUGAGGCGCUGGAAAAUGUAACGCAGUAUGAUGGCGGAUUCAACAAGAACUCCCAGGUUGUAAGGAACUUUUGGGAAAUAGUCCACGGCUUUACCGAAGAACAAAAAAAGCGGCUGCUCUUCUUUACGACCGGUAGCGACAGAGUUCCCAUAGGUGGUUUGAGCAAAUUACAGUUUGUGAUUGCCAAGAAUGGUGGUGAUUCAGAUAGACUACCUACCUCGCAUACAUGUUACAAUGUGCUAUUGUUGUGUGAAUAUAGCUCAAAAGAGAAGCUAAAGGAACGUUUAUUGACCGCAAUAAGCAAUGCAGAAGGAUUUGGAAUGAUAUAA